AUGGUAAAAUUUCUGCUGCUGGCUUUGGCAUUUGGACUGGCUCAGGCUGAGAUUGAAGGAGAAUGGAAAACUGUUGCUAUCGCUGCUGAUAAUGUAGACAAGAUAGAACCAGCUGGAGAAAUGAGACUCUAUUGUCGUGAAAUUACUUGCGAAGCAGAUUGCAAGAUAUUGAAAAUCACAUUUUAUGUCCAUGAAAAUGGACAUUGCUCUUUGACCACAGUCACUGGGUAUUUGCAAGAAGAUGGUGAGACCUUCAGAACCCAGUAUCAAGGGGAUAAUCACUAUGCAGUUGUGAAGCAGACACCAGAGAACAUAGUCUUUUACAGUGAGAAUGUUGACAGAGCCAGCCGGAAAACAAAAUUGAUAUUUGUUGUUGGAAAAAAACCUUUAACUCCUGAACAAGAGGAUAAACUUGGUGAAUUUGCUGUGUCAAAGAACAUUCCUCCUGAAAACAUUCGAGAAGUCCUGGGUACAGAGUUACUUUUCAAUGAUCUCUUUUGUAGCUAUGUGUAUGUGGUGGUGGAUGAUAUUGACAUUGAUGAAUAA